GUCAGUUAACAUGUGAAUAAACUUUUCAAACUGUUUAGGUCAUUAAAACACAAUAAAAAAUAAAUCAACUAAAAAAUGAACCAAUUCUUCCUAGUAGCGCACAUUAUUUCGGCUAUUGGUAUUCUAAUUUCAGUAGUAUACUACGUUUUGGAUAUUGUCCAAUUCCGAAGGUUGGAAAAUUUAGUCCAAACUCCCAGGCCAAUCGCACCUCCAAUCACUACGAGAGAAACCAGCAGAAAAUAUGUCAGCCGGUAUCGAUCGAAGAUGAUCCAGCGACAGUUGAUCAACGAAAUCAAUCGAAUCAAUGGGAAGCUGCGGGUUAAGAUGUCAACUGAAAGGUACGAGCUGUUCUACAACUCCCACGGUGAUCUGCGGCUUCGAACGGUUCUGGAGCCAAAAUAAAACUUACGUGUGAGUAGCGAGACGGGUCAUCGAAAAAGUUGAAAAACCGCAUUACCUGAAAAGAAAU